CCUUUGCUCUGGCCGUCCAUAAAGCGGAAAGAGAACCCACCGCUCUGAAGGGAGCACACCAAUCGAAAUUGGAGGAGAAACUUUCUCCACGACCAUUCCCAAAUUCUAAAAUAACUGACCGUGGAGAGAGAGAGAAAAUUAAAGGAAAGAGAGGAGUGAGAGAGAAGGGGAGAAGGGGAGACGAGGCAACGAGUUUUUUCAAUUUUACUUCCUUUUUUUUUCUCAUUGAUUUUGAUUUAUGUUGAGGUUUUUGGUGUGAAGGACGAACAGUUCUACGCUGCUACGUUCUUAUUUAAUAUCAAGUAGGGCUUUUCUUUUUCUUUUUCUUUUUUUUUUUUCUUUCCUUUCAGUUCUUUAGAGCUUUCCUAGCAAACCCAAUUGAUUUUGAUUUUCUUUUAUUUCUAAUCUGAGUGAAAAAACGGUUUUCCGCGAGAUAAAUCAUUGAAUAGGAACGGCGAUUCUCUUUAUCAUUUGAUUCAUUUAUUGGUGCCUUAAAUUCUUUGAGUUCCUUUUUCUUGAUUCAUUCUAAUCAAGUUCUAAUGUUAUCUGUGCGUUUGAGUGAUCCCUAGUUGGGUAUUUGCCUUUUUCUAAUAAUUAGGGCAGCUUCCAAAGCAUUCGUUCAUCAGUAUAAUUUUUGUGUUAAUAUUGUUGGGAAUGUGGGCAACACUAUGCUAAAAAGAGAACUUUUGAGAUUGCUUCCCCAAAAUUUCCAAGCUCUUAGGAUUGAUCGUGCCUCGAUGGCUUUAAAUAAUCAACUCUUUUCUGCAAGAUUAUGCAGUUUUAGUCAGUUUAGUGGUGAAAAGGAGAGUGCCAGUAUUCACACAAAGACUUUAACUGAUAGAACUAGUGGUUCGAGAGUACUGCCAAGUAAUGCGUUGAGUUUGAAAAGCUGUUUGGAUCGGCAUGAUGGCGUUUUGAGGAGAGCAGAAGUGGAAAUUGUAAAAGCUAACCCCGUCGCACCUUGUCGUCGACCAGUUCACGAUUCUGAAUUGUUUGUUGGCGAGGUGGCGGCUGCGAAAACCGUGAAUGGAAAUGGUGCAUGCCGACAAGGAAAAUGUUUCCGGUUUCCCAAGUAUAUGGUGCCUGAGAAAUUGGUUGUGGCAGUUGAUGUGGAUGAAGUUCUUGGAAGCUUUCUCACAGCAUUGAACAGAUUUAUUGCCGACCGGUACUCUUUGAAUCACUCAGUUUCGGAGUAUUAUGUUUAUGAGUUUUUCAAGAUAUGGAAAUGUUCUCGUGCUGAAGCCGAUUUUCGUGUUCAUGAGUUCUUUAAAACUACCUACUUCCAAAAUGGGAUUCAUCCCAUCCCAGGUGCUCAACAUGCUCUUCGGAAUUUAUCUUCCUUUUGCAUCUUGUCUGUGGUGACAUCUCGGCAGAAUGUAAUCAAAGAUCACACACUUGAGUGGAUUCAAAAGCACUAUCCUGACUUGUUUCAGGAGAUUCAUUUUGGGAAUCAUUUUGCUUUGGACGGAGAAUCAAAGCCAAAAUCCGAAAUUUGCAGAUCUCUGGGUGCUCAGAUCCUAAUUGACGACAACCCAAGGUAUGCUUCAGAGUGUGCAGAUGCUGGUAUGAGAGUCUUGCUCUUUGAUUACGAUAACUCAUACCCUUGGUGCAAAACUGGGGUCGAAAAUUCGCACCCUCUUGUGACGAAGGUUCAUAACUGGGAAGAAGUAGAGCAACUGCUGGUUUCUUGGGUAGCUUCUUCAACUUGAAAGAGAAGAACUUUAUUCAAGUUGAAGAUUAAAUAGAGCAUUAGGUGCCCCUCUUUUACUGGUUUUUCGAAACUAUGCUUCUGGGCAGACAUUGAGGGAUCUAGAUGAGUUGAUAGGGACAUUUUUCUGCUGCUUUUGUCGCACCUCAAAUAUAUUUCAGUACCUGAUUUUGCAGGUCCAUCAUUAAAGGAUUUCCAUUCAUGUGAAUUCAAAUGCGAAAGUUGAAGUAUCUGUAAAUAUGCACACAGACCUUUCUCAAUGCAUUGAUAUAAAUUCUUUCAAAAUAAUCUUUUAUAGAUUUCAGUA